UCCAUGGCGCACUUGCAGCCCCAGCUGAGUACCAGUGCGACCUGCUUCCCGUGAGUCUCUGCUGCUCCCUGCGACUCCGGCGCGCGUGCUCCCUACCCCAGCAGUCCUCGCGCGGCUCGACAGAGCGGACACCCCGGACUCUAAGAUGGCGUCAGUUGUACCAUUGAGGGAGAAGAAACUCAUGGAUGUCAAAUUAGGGGAGCUGUCAAGCUGGAUACUGAUGCGGGAUUUUACCCCUAAAGGCAUUGCUGGAGCGUUUCAAAGAGGUUAUUACCGGUAUUACAACAAGUAUGUCAAUGUGAAGAAAGGGAGCAUCGCUGGGGUUUCUAUGGUGCUGGCAGCUUAUGUGCUUUUCAACUACUGCCGUUCUUACAAGGAACUCAAACAUGAGCGACGACGCAAGUACCACUGAAGAGGGCCCAGUGUGGAGGGCUCACUCUGCAUUCCUGACCACCUUUGCCCAGCACUUCUGAAUCCUUUCAUACUCUAAUUAACACCUAAUAAAAGAUGACUGGUCCUGGGCUGCUUUA